UUCUCGGGUUCCCUAAGGAUGUGGGAGGAGUUUUAGUGAAAUCCCGCCUUAGAUUUGCUGAUCUGAUUUCACAGUCAAUUAGUGAAUUAGAGGGUAUUUUAAGGAACAGUGUCUGUGACAAAUUGGUAAUUUGUAUAACUACACAAAGACUGUUUCUCGAUGAGCAAUGCCGCGCCGCCGCCGCUCGCCCGACCUGGAGGACUCUGACGACGACGACGACUCGCGCCACCCCCAGCGCAACGCCGCCAACGCCCGCGAGCGCGCCCGAAUGCGCGUUCUCAGCAAGGCCUUCUGCCGGCUGAAGACCACCCUCCCGUGGGUGCCCGCCGACACCAAGCUCUCCAAGCUGGACACCCUCCGCUUGGCCACCAGCUACAUCGCCCACCUCCGCGCCGUCCUCAUGGACCAGCCCGUCUCCCCCGACCACGUCCACAAACAUCCACUCACACUCACCUGGCCGUACAGUUUUCAGCGAAGUGAGACGAAUGGAGAUGGGGGUGGCGAGAGGGAGACGCAAGUGUGGAACGAUCUCUCGAUUCAGCCUGUCGUCAGGGAUAAGGAUGUAUCCUAUUACUACUAAUUUAUUGGUGAAGACUAUGAUGGAUAGGGCGAGAGAUUAGGAAUUUUAAAUUAUUGCAAAGCCAUUUUAUAAAUUUAUUAGGUACUAGCGGUUGUGGCAGGGUGAAUUUGAUACUUUUGUGUGAGUUCGGGGAAGUGAGGACUGGUAAAUUAAACUAGAUUAGGGAUAUUUAUUUAUUGUCACAGAAAAAUUACACCCAAAUCGUAAAUAAAUUCGACUAAUAUGCAUCA